GGGGCUCAGGUUACAUUCGCGAGCUGAGCGGAGCGCGGGAGACAGGACCCGACAGGAGAGCCGCAGGUUCUGCGCGCGGCGGCGGGCGCCCGACUGCCCCAGAGCCCCCCCACCCAAAACACACAGACCCCACCCCUCCCCGCGCCCCAGCCAAGAGCCCCCCCAAACACCGGCAUGGACUGCUGCACCGAGAGCGCCUGUUCCAAGCCAGACGACGACAUCCUAGACAUUCCGCUGGACGAUCCCGGGGCCAACGCGGCCGCUGCCAAAAUCCAGGCGAGUUUCCGGGGCCACAUGGCGAGGAAGAAGAUAAAGAGCGGAGAGCGCGGCCGGAAGGGCCCGGGCCCCGGGGGGCCGGGCGGAGCCGGGGGCGCCCGGGGAGGCGCGGGCGGCGGCUCCAGCGGAGACUAGGCCAGAACUGAGCAUUUUCGAAGUUCCCGAGGAGAGAUGGACGCCGCGCCCCCUUCGCAGCCACGAGACUUCCCUGCCGUGUUUGUGCCCCCCUCGUUCCUACCAACCCGACCGCUCCAGGAGCCCCCUGCGUCCCAGAGACUCUUUCCCAGGCAGGCUCCGUCGCGGAGUCGCUAAGUCCGCGCCCUUUUAGUUAGUCCUCCUGGCCGCUGUGGUCCCAAUCCUCCCCGCGUACCCCAAUUUUCCUCCUUUGGCUUCUGGCCCACCUCGCCCCGCACCCUGCAUGCAGCUUUGCCUCCGCGGCCUCGGGGCGUUUUCCUGCGCGCCCUGCAGGGGGCGCCCUAAGCGUCGCCCAAGUACACUCACUUUCAAAAAAGAAAAAAAAAAAGUCCUUUCUUUUUGUGCACAGCUAAAGGGGGCGCCCUGCGUUUCUGUGCGGUUCCCGCCCCCACCCUAGCCCCAUAAAUUUAGCUCUGGGCCGAGGAGGGAGGGGAAGAGGGAUUGUAUGGUGUCGGGUGCCCCUUGCCGUGAUCCCACCCGCCUGUCAUCUCCCCCCUCUUCUUCCCCAGCGCAACCCCCGAGAGCAGCCUCUCCAGCUCUCUUGCUGUUGACGCUAGUGCCGAGCGCCAGGGAGGCUCGGUAGGAGGAGUCUUCCGCGGCCCCGCCCCUGUCGGCCCCGCCCCCGCCGGGCUCCUGGGGCUGUGGCCGGAAGGGUUUUAAUCUCCGUGUGUGCAUGUGACCGUGCUGGGUUGGAAUGUGAACAAUAAAGAGGAAUGUCCAAGUGUU